UUGAAAUCAAUCCUUUGACCCAGAGUUGAAAGUGCUAAAAUGAGUUAUGUCGCCACCCACUGAACACAGCCUACCGGAGCCAUGUGUACCAGGAAAAUAUCAGCUAUUCCUCUGCUUCAAGAAAAUGAGAAAAUUGAUUCUAAUUCCCCGAGGCUCGUCGUUUCUUUGAUGAUCUUAAUCAGCGGCUAGAACUUGCGCCUUUACAAUUGCGGGGCGCUGGUGGACGACACCGAGGACGUGUCCCUGGAUUUCGGCGCCGAGGAGGAGGAGCUGGCUCUGAGGAAGAACAGGAUCAGGCAGUGGGCGAAGUGAGGAAGUGGAUAAUGAUUAAUGGUGGAAUGUGAAUGUGUGCAACCAAAUUGUUUGCAGUGUAGUCGGAUUAGCCUCCACAAGAUAGCAAGUAGAAAUUUUUGAUGGGACUGACUGAAGCUGGGUUUUCCUUCCUCUUGACAAUUCUUUAUGGGCAUCCACUUGCUACAUUUUUUCACCUUUUUUUUCGUGUAAGUGCCAUCAUUACUUACCUCUUCUGUGACUGGUUUAGCAGAAGCUUUGUUGCCUGCUUUGUGACAAUACUCCUCCUCUUGUCCUGUGAUUUCUGGUCAGUAAAGAAUGUUACGGGAAGGCUUUUGGUUGGUUUGCGAUGGUGGAACCAGAUUGACGAAGAUGGAAAAAGUCAUUGGCUUUUUGAAGCUAGGAAGACUACUGCUAAGAAUAGAGCUACAUCUACUGAGGCAGAGGCUCAGAUCUUCUGGCUUGGACUAAUUGUCUGUCCCCUGAUUUGGACAGUGUUUCUUUUCAGUACUUUGUUUUCCCUGAAGCUUAAGUGGCUGGCCUUGGUAAUAGCAGGACUUUCCUUGCAAGCAGCUAAUCUGUAUGGAUAUAUCCGCUGCAAACUUGGAGGCAGCAAGAACAUCACAAGAGCAGCAUCGACAUAUCUGGGCCAACAACUUUUUCAGAGGACAUCUUGGAACGCCAACAAUGGGGAAAGAAAAUACUUAAGAUAAAUUUUGUCAGUGCUGAAGAUUUGCAAGUACUGCAUCAACCAAGUGGAUGUAUUUCUAAGCAGUUGCCAUUGCGUAUGUUGUGAGAAGAACUAUAUCUAAUCUGUGGAUGCUAUGAGUAAACAUUUCAGUUGAAGAUAGUUUAUUUAUGUUGUAAAUUUUGGAAAAUAUUGUUUUGGAAGUACAGUGCCUUGCUUACAGUUGAAGUUGACAACUUCAGUGUAUAAUACACUAAUCCUUUACAUUG